AUGGAAUUGGCAAAAGACCAUCCAUACUUUCGUUCAGUAACAGUAGUUAAUUAUUCAGUAGAGACCCAGUCGGUUCCCCCAGUUGUCCAGUUUCGGGUUCAGAACAAUCUGGUAGGGAAACGGGUUCGACUCGCUCGUAAUCGGCGGAAUGUGGUCUUUAUUCUUAUUCGCAAUGGCCACGAUCUUGAGCGCGGCUUUCCUCAACAUUUUCUCCAUCGCCUUUCGCACCUUUGCUCGGUCUAUACUUCCCUAUUAGAGCUGCACUGCUAUAUAACCACAGUAGAGAGUCAGGUAGCAUACCUAGUUCGGUCCGCGGAGUCGCAAUGGUGA